ACACACACCAGCACAGUUACACACAGACAAGCACAGUCGCACAUGAGCACUUUUGACUCCAGCUGUUCCAAUGUGCUUCUGUAAGUAAAAAGGUACUUAGGGUCAUGUGUACUAGAGAAAAAAAACCCUGACAGAAUAAACCUUUUGCUGCACUCUGUAGGCAAAUUGUACUAGUUUAACAAGGGUAAAGUAGUUGUUGGAGUGGACUGAGGGAUUCAUGGUCAGCCCCUCUGAAAAUAACUUGCAUUCCAAAAACACCUUACACUUGUGAUUUUUCAUGGCUAUUAGUUCAGUGUUCAAUAUAUUUAUUGAAUAUUAAUUUUUCAAUAAAUAUAUUUACAAAUAUAUUUAUAUAUAAAUAUGAUUAUAUUUAUCUUAAGGUUCACAUGUGUGCUCGGUGUUUAUCACUACAGUAAUGCUUAUGGCAUGUACUGCUGCUGUACGCACAAGUGUGAAGCUGACCCUUAGAAGCCACAAAGAAAAACUGCUUUCAGUGACCAGCAUGGUGGAAAAUUCCAAAUAAAAAACUAUUUAUGCACUCUUAUUCUGAUUUGUCUUAUUACUGAACCAUAUUUAUUCAAAUCAGGGCGUAUGAUUCUAUUUCAGUGCAUUAUAAGGCCUUUGGAGAAUCUUUCCUUCAGUUAAAUACCAGCAACACUUCUUUUGUGUGUGUGUGAAGAGCUGCUAACUCAAUAAAUUUAAGUAUAUUCAGUGCAUGUGAAUCCACACACUUGGUAAAGUUGAAUGGGGAGCAAGAUGUGUGUACUUAUGGAGCUUACCACUGUAUAUGACAUGUAUUGCAAAACUGAUGAGUCAUUGAUCCAAGUUUGUUAGUGCAAUUAUAUUGUGAUAUAUUGUGAUUAUAUGAUAAUGUAUAUGGGUGGGUAUGGUUCUAUUAUUCAAAAAAGAAAGAAACCAGGCUUGAAGAAAAUGAAUUCGUACUUUUAUUUUGAAGUUCCCGCCCUUGGCGGAACUUCUUGGCGGAAGUCGUUCCCUUUCGUGGCUUGUUGUGGUUAGCUCACAGAACUCUAUCUGUGGGUUAGCUUCACGCUCGCGUCAGGUCUUGAACAAAACAUCUGACUUUCGACCAUUGGGAGAAAUACUGACACGCCGAGGUAGCAACAGAAAUGUCAUUUAUAUUUGACUGGAUCUACAGAGGAUUUAGCAGCGUGCUUCAGUUUUUAGGUUUAUACAGAAAAUCAGGGAAGCUUGUGUUCCUGGGGUUGGAUAAUGCUGGAAAAACAACACUACUGCACAUGCUUAAAGAUGAUAGACUUGGACAACAUGUCCCAACAUUACAUCCAACGUCUGAAGAGUUGACAAUCGCUGGAAUGACAUUCACUACUUUUGACCUUGGUGGUCAUGCGCAAGCAAGAAGGGUUUGGAAGAAUUACCUUCCCGCUAUAAACGGAAUCGUUUUUCUGGUGGACUGUGCAGAUCAUGAACGUCUUGCUGAAUCUAAAGUUGAACUUGAUGCAUUGCUGACAGAUGAGACGAUCUCCACUGUGCCCAUCCUCAUCCUGGGGAAUAAAAUCGACCGACCUGAAGCCGUCAGCGAGGACGGACUGAGAGUCAUGUUUGGCCUGCAUGGACACACCACUGGAAAGGGGAACGUGUCGCUGAAGGAUGUGAAUUUGCGGCCCAUGGAGGUGUUCAUGUGCAGUGUUCUGAAGAGGCAGGGCUACGGGGAGGGCUUCCGGUGGCUCUCGCAGUACAUCGACUGACAGAAGCAAAAUAAUAAUAAUAAUAAUAAUAACAAUAAUCACUGGACGCUGUAUGGCAAGAACUCAGACGGCUCCUUUUUUCCUACAGAGCUUGUACUUGAAAGCGAAAAGGACUAACUCCUCAUCGAAAAAGCUGUGAAGUGUAUUUAUCUGGCUUCGAGUGAAGUGAUUGAUUGUCGCGGCCAUAAAUGUUUUGGUUCGAGUUCCGAAAAAUACUCCCUGCAGUUUUCAUAGGUGCCCCAACGUUGGUGUGAUUUAACUUGUUUUAUACCGAAAAAACUUGUGGGGGAAAAAAAUUUAUAAAUAAGCAGACUGAGAGACUUCAACAUCAGUGAGCCAUCUGGAAAAAAGUGUAACAAUAAAGUAGCCACAGCUAUUUUGAAAAUAAUCCCAGGUGUCUUUAAGAUAUAAAACACAUAUAAUAGGUCACACUGUUAACCUUACAUAGCAAUCCCCAAGAUUUAUGUCUGACCAAUUUGCCUUUUUGGAUAUAAAUGUGCCAAUAAACACCAGGUUAUCUGCAGUUUGAAGUCGCUGAAAAAGCAAUCGCAGCACAUUUGGCUAGUGUAAGCUAAGUGUUUUAAUGUCAGUCAUUAACAUUUUUUGCUAAUGCCUGCCGUUUGGUUAAUGAUAUCCAUAGCAAGGAAUGUAGAGGAUUGAUAUUUUACUUUGCAUUGAAGUUCAUAUAUUUUAUUAAAUUACAAAAAAAACUUGCAUAACAAUGGGACGUGUCAUAUCAGUCGAAGAUUUAACAGUAUUGCAACCUUUAAGAUUUGUUUUGAAAGGACAGCAUAAAACAUCAAAGCAAAAUAUAAUCAGAAGCUUUUCUUUCCCUGCACUAGAAUUGCCUGUUACAUAGCUGGUCAAAGAUGCACAUUUGGAUCUUUUUUUCUACAUUUUUUCCAAACCUUCUCCAAUAAUGUGUCAUUUUUGAUUUUGUGGUGCAUUUCAUUACACCAAAGUGUUAAAUGAUGGAUAUAUUGCUUAUCCAAUGACAAGUAAUCAUGCACUGACGUGAAAUAAUUAAAAAUAAUUAAAAAAUAAAAAAUAAAUCACAGCAAUAAAGAGCAAGUAAGGAGAAGAGUGGAGAGUAGUAGUAGAGAAGGUCUCUGGGUAUGCUGACUCAUUUAUGAUAACGCCACAGUAACAGCUGAAAAUAUGGUUUGGGUUUCUCAGUAGGCCAAUGUAGGCAAACGUAACACUCUUGCCCUGUGCUUGUGGGCAGUGUAUGAAAAGCACUGACCCUCAACUUGAAAAGGUCUUCACCUUCUUUUUUAUUACAAUUAGAUUUUGUUUUUGUUUGAAAUACUGUUAAGCUAGUAUUUGUUUCCUCUGUCAGCGAGAAUGAGGUGAAUUUUACACUACUGAUGCUUUGUGGCCAACACUAGUCACUAUUCGCUAUUUAUUUUAUUUAAACUACAGUUGUGUAUUUACAACAUGUUUGCUUUUAGCUGUGGAAUGCAUUUCCAAAAAAUAAUAGAAUGCUAAAGGGAGUAACGAAACAUUUUAUAUUUGUAAGGAUUUGUGGGUAUGGGGUGGAGCAAUAUUGUAUACGUACUGUACAUGAAAUUGUAGAUACUGAAGUCUACACUGUAAACAGCCUGAGUUCUCAGUUAAAUUAUUAAGCCGUGCCAGUCUUAUAAUAAUGCAAGGAGUAUUUUUUGACUAUCCGCUGUGUGCAACAGCUAGGGUAUGAGAAUACUCAUGUAGCGGCAUGGAUUUCAGAAAUCUUUAUUUAAAACAACUAUCAUGCAGCGGUAAAACUGCAUGCAUGUCUGUAGAUAAUGUAAAAUGGACAGACCAGAUAUUUAUUGCAGCUUAUGUAUGGAACUUGAAGGAAUUCAUAUUUAUGAUUACAAAUAUUACAUUUUAAAGGUACUGCUGUGUAUAUUCCAGAACAUCCCACUCUGACACAGAUAUAUAGCUUUGCCCUUUUGUUGCUAUGGCUCAUAUUGAAUGUUUUUGUAUGCAGUUAUUGUGUUACAAUGGUCAUGUUCAGUGUGGGAAUUCUAAAGAGCACAGCCCUUGCGUGUCAGCUUCAUAAAACCACAUUUCUGUCACCUGUGUACAAUGUGUGCUUGUAUCAUAUGAGAGUGUUGUGGGAAAAAUAAAUCUGUACAAACUUUA